CCGUACUUCUAUGCUUCUUCUUUCAAAGAACGAAUCUGCGGCUGCUGGAUUUCACGCACUUUGUUAUUUUAACUUUUCAAAGUGAGAUUUACAGAGAUGUUAUUAUUUGUGAAACACUAAAUCCCCAGAAUGGCUCUAAGACACCUGUCGGUGAAGGCUCUACUCUUCAUUGGGCUUUGUCAAGUAGGACGCAGGGGUUUUGCCUCUGCUCCUGAAGUCAGAGAGCCACCCAAGAAAAUUGCAAUAAUCGGGGGUGGUAUUGGAGGCACGGCAACAGCGUUCUUCUUAAGACAAGAGUUUGGGCCGGGAGUGAAGAUCGAAGUGUUUGAGGCGGGGACUGUCGGAGGGCGUCUGGCCACCGAGAACAUUGGAGGAUACGAGUAUGAGACGGGGGGAUCCAUUAUUCACCCCCUUAACCUGCACAUGAAGUACUUUCUGGACAGACUCGGUAUGUCACCUCGUGCUGAUGUAUCUUCUAAACUGGCGAUAUUUGACGGGAAGGAGCUGACCUUUGAAGAGAGCGACUGGUUCAUCGUAAAUUUCAUACGCAUGCUUUGGAGAUAUGGAUUCCAAUUCAUUCGAAUGAAUAUGUGGGUGGAGGGCAUACUAGACAAGUUUAUGAGGAUAUAUCAGUACCAGCAGUUUGGCUACUCGUUCUCCAGCGUGGAAAAGCUGCUGCAUGCCAUGGGUGGAGACGGAUUUCUCACUCUGGUCAAUCAGACACUGGAGGAGGCCAUGCUGGCCGAGGGCUUCUCUCAGGUCUUUCUCAAUGACAUGGUAGCACCCAUCACACGAGUCAACUACGGCCAAAGUGUCCGAAUCAAUGGAUUUGCAGGCGCUGUUUCACUAGCAGGAGCCGAGUCAGGUUUGUGGGCAGUGGAUGGAGGGAAUAAGUUGGUUUGUUCGGGGCUUUUGUACCACAGCAAAGCCGAGCUUGUUCCAGCUCGUGUGACUUCCAUCUCCAUAAAGAUGAGACCAUCCAAAAUUGGUUCAGUCACAAAUUUCUAUGAGGUGAACUACGUUGGUGAGUCUGGUGCCGCCCACUCCAUGUACGACAUAGUUGUAGUCGCCACACCUCUCCACCAGGGCAUGUCUGAGAUCAACUUCUCAGGCUUUUCUCCACCCAUUCCAUCCCACUUCCCCGGUCGUUACCACCAAACGGUGGCCACGCUGGUCCACGGUCUGCUCAACGUGUCCUUUCUGGGCACCACAGACAAGCCGGAAGACUUCUUCGUAUCCGAUGUCCUCACGCUGGAUAACAAAGCUGCCGACAUCCUGAGCCUGAGCUCUCUGAGCCCAGUGAGGAUUCCCAAGGGCUACAGCCCAAGCCCUGCCAGCCAAAGCAAAGUUUGGAAGAUCUUCUCAUCCCAGCCUCUUUCUCAGCAGCAUCUGCAGAAAAUAUUCCUGUCCUGGGACUCUGUGUUUGAGAAGCGCUGGCUCGCGUACCCCUCUUACAGCCCGCCGCACCGCAGGACGCCUCCCUUCAUCCUCCACGAGCGCCUCUACUACCUCAACGCCGUGGAGUGGGCAGCCAGUGCCAUGGAGAUGAGCGCCAUUUCGGGCCGUAAUCUGGCCCUGCUCGCCCACCACCGCUGGUUCCAGCAGACGGGCAAAAUCGACCAGGAGGAUCUGCACACCCGACUCAGAGGUGAACUUUGACAGAAGAGCAGUGCGGUCAGUAAGCAAUUAACUCUGUUAUGGAGAUCUGAGAUUGGAUUUAUGUGCUGUUUACUUGAAAAAAAAAAAAACUUGGUGAAUCUCAUGAAAAAAAUCGGAUUUAUAUUUCACCCCCAAAUUAAGAAAUUAUAUUUCACCCAUUUCUCGUAAUAUUAUUUUCAUUACAAUUAAGCACAUUCACCCCACAAUUCCCAUUACCGUAAUGUGGAAGAAUCUUCAUUACAUAAGUUCAAUUCAGUAUAUUAAAUACUUGAUCUGUACAACAAAUAUACUUUACAUGAUAUAAUAUACAUACUAUAUAUAUAUAUAUAUAUUUAUAAUUAAUAGAUUUUGACAAAUUUUGUUAUAUUUUUUUGUCAGUUGUUAUGUGAUUUCAUUAAUGAUUUUGCUAGCUGUGGACUGGCAUUUAAAGCAGCAUCACUCAACUUCACUGUCAAAAUUGCAAUUAAUAGUUAUACUUGUAUUUUGACUGGUUUCUUUAUUAAUAUAGAUUUCUGAACAAUAGAUUUGUACAUUUUUCCAUUUUGAACAGAUCACUUAAGGGUAAAUCAACUUCACAGACCACAAAGCCAUAGAGAAAAUAAUUAUUUGACACAGUCUGUCUACAAUUGUCUUUGUGGGUGAAUCUCUGUUGGGUUGUAUUGUAAAAUAUUUUCUUCUCAAUUAAGCACUCUUUCCCCAAUUUUUUCAAUGAGAAUAACACAAAUGAUACAUUUUCAUAAACAUGUUUUAGCCAUAUUACAUUCAACAAUUAUUGUAAUAAAAGUACUUAAAAGUAAUUAAAAAUGACAAAUUAAAGACUAUACUACUAAUAUGAUAAUUACAAAACAAUAUUUUCCCCUUGUUUUGUGUUUCUUGAGGUUCAUGAGGACGGGUUUCACUCAUGUCCUUCGUUUUAGGAGCCACCCAGGGAUGCACUGUAAUAUUUCACUGUAAUAGUGAGCGUUUAUAAGAUAGUGGGUAUAUUGCCCACUUAACUCUUUUAAUAACAUCAUCUUGUGAUGAGAAACUGUACAGUGUGAGUGUGUACAAACACUGGGAUUAGCACUAUAGAGGGCUAUUUUUUUUUUUGUUACGAAAUGGAACAAAGUAAUAAUAUUGAUUUGAUAGAUACUAAUGCUACUAGUGUGUUUGUGAGUGGUCAGGGUCACUAUCAUGUUCUAAGUUUGCACAGAUAUGUUAAAACUACCAUGUUAGAUCACUUGUUCACUCCUUUAACUUGUAAUUUACAACCUCAAUGACCUAUAACUCUGAUGAAUGUGCAUAGGAAACUGUAGAAUUCUUAUAAUUUUGUUCUUCCUGCAAAUUUGCAUUUAAUAUAUUGUAAAUUAUUCUUGGUGCCUUAAAGUGUCUUCGGUUUCAUACAAUUUUUAUUAAAAAAA